AUGGCCCACCAGCUCUCACACGCGUCCAACGGCGCGCCCAUCGCCUCCCCCAUCUCUCAUCUCUUCGCACGCUCAACAUCGCUCAAGCUCCGCAACGCACCGCUCAGACUGCCGGCGCUGGUACUGGUGGGAGGCUCGACGGCCGUGGCGAUCGGAGCAUGGCCGUUCUUGGUGCUGGGAAGUCUGAUCCCGCUCGUCGGCCUCGUCUCGAUUCCGACCCUCCUGGCCUGCACUCUCGCUAUCCUGCUCUUCCUCCCCGCAACCCUGUGCCUCCUCUUCGCCCAGCCCGGCUCGCCUUCUCCCCCUCUCCUGCCUCACCUCCCCGUCCUUUCGCCCCUGCGCUGCAUCCGCUUGACUGUCUUCGCCUUCCAAGUCCUCCUCGACGCCUACCGCUCCUCUCUCCUCCCUCUCCUCCUCGACGGCCUGACCAAGCGUAUCCUGAUCCUCGGCGGACGCGAAGCAGACCAGGUUGUGCGCGAGAACAUCGUCUACAUCCCGUCGGACCCGCCCGCGUAUCCCGAAGCAUUAAGGCUAGACGUCUACCGCCCAGAGCGCCCAGUCGAUAAUGGCGCAGACGCCCCUCUCGCGCCGGUGAUCAUCCUCCUCCCGUCUCCCUCCUACCGCCUGACCCACCUCCGCUCCUUCCCCGCCCCGUCUAUCGCACUCCGUCUCCGCCAACGUGGCAUCUGUGUCGUCGUACCCUCCCUCACGCCCUACUCGAGCACGAACCCGGAUGUGCAGGAUGGAAGGGCGAUAGAGAGGAUGGUUGCGGAGACGAGGGAGGCGGUCAAGUGGGUUGGGGAAAAUGUGGAGAGGUACGGAGGUGAUAGGGAGAGGGUUUGGGUCAUGGGGUGCGGAGCGGGAGCGCAUGUUGCGUCGCUCACCUUCGUCCAAUCCGCCGUCAUCGCAGCCCGCAACGCGUUUGCAGCCGCCGAGGCGAAGAAGGCUGACGAGCGGAAGAAAAAGGAGGGGAAGGUCACAGUCGACGAUAGCAGGGGAAGCAGCCUGCUUGGCUCGCCUGCUGGAGCGGAGAAGCGCGCGUCGAGGGGUCAGACGAGCGGUCUCGGGCGCGCCUCUCCGCCGGAGCCGACGUUCGACGACUCCGACGACGACCCGGUCGAAGCCAUUCUGCGACAGUCCCACUCGUCUCGCGUUGAGCUAGGAGAACCGGAAGACCUCGCACUCGAUGUGCAAGAUUCCGAAGCCGAACUCGAGCUCCCCUCCGGUAUCCGUUCCGCCCAACUCUUCACGCUCGACUCUCUCGCCGCCGCAUAUGAAGCCGAGCCCGCUGCCGACAUCUACGCCAACGAGCCCGAAAUGUCGUUCCAGUCACUCGCGUCCUUCCGCCUUCCUCGAGGCGGGAAGAGGGUGAAAGUCAGAGGCUUGUUGCUCGUUGGUGGGACGUACGAUGUUGUCAAGCAAGGGAGGUGGGAAGAGAGGCAGGGUGUCGAAGAAAUCUCGAGCCUCCUGCGCGUCUGCGAUUCUUCCGUCCGCGACAUCCUCCAAGCCUGCCCCUCGCACCUCCUCUACGCCGCCUCACCACUCGUCUCGUCCGCCCAGUCCCCCUCGCUCUCCUCCCUCCUCCCCUCGCAAACCCUCCUCAUCCACGGCGGCGCCGACUUCCUCUCGCCCUAUUCGCAGUCCGUCCUCUUCCACAACUUGCUCGUCGGCGUUGGGUGCAAGAGCGAGGAUGUUGGCGUCAAGUUGUUCAAAAAGAUGAGUACGCUCGGAGGGGUCGAGAGUCUGAUGCACAGCACACAGUACUCGGCGCUCGUCUCGUCCGAAAUCGAGUCGAUGGUGCUCGCAGAGACGGACGCCGGCGAAUCGCAGCAAAAGAACGAGCGGAGCAAGGGCAAGGGCCGGAAUGUCGCCGCUUGA